AUGACAAUGGCGCUACCAACUCACUUUACCCUCAAUACCGGAUCUAAGAUCCCCGCAGUCGGCUUUGGAACUUGGCAGGCUCGCCCAGGGCAGGUUGAGCAUGCGGUUGAAACAGCCCUUCGAGCUGGCUAUCGACACAUAGAUUGUGCCGCGAUAUACCGUAACGAAGUCGAACUCUGGAACACAAAACAUGCCCCUGAAGAUGUUGAAACCGCAUUGGACAAGACCCUUAAAGACCUUGGGACAGAUUACCUAGAUUUGUUCUUGAUGCAUUGGCCGGUAGCUUUCAAAUCUGGAGAAGAUUGGUUUCCACUAUCCAAUGAUGGUGUCUUUCAGCUCUCGGACAUUGAUCCAGCAGUGACCUAUUCAGCCAUGGAAAGCCUACUGCAAACAGGAAAAGUUCGAGCUAUUGGUGUUUCCAAUUUUACCAUUAAGCGUCUUGAGGAUCUGAUUAGCAAAACAAAAAUAAUUCCAGCUAUUAACCAGAUUGAGGCACACCCGUAUCUCCAACAGCGCCAGUUGUUUGACUUUUGCCAGUCCAAGGGCAUCCUCAUCGAGGCCUACUCUCCUCUUGGAAACAACCAAACAGGAGAGGCACGAACAGUGGAUGAUCCGCUGGUUGCGGAUUUAGCCCAAGAAUUGGGCUGGGACAUCGGGCAAGUUCUCUACUCCUGGGGUGUACAACGAGGAACAGUUGUGCUGCCUAAAAGCAUCACGCCAGAUCGAAUUGCGUCCAAUUUGCAAGUUAAGGAACUGCCCCAGCAUGCUUUUGAGAAGCUAAACGGACUUGAGAGAAACAAGCGAUAUAAUUGGCAGUCAUUAUGGGGCUUUGACAUCUUUCAAGAAAUUGGACAUGAUGAGAUUGUACGCAUUGCUAGAGAGGCAGGACCAGAAAACUUGAAGAAGUUUGCGAGGUAG